GUGGCUGCAGCGGCAACACUAGCCACCAGCAGCAGUUCCACCCCGCACUCCGCGCUCCGCACGCGGAUACUCGAAUACGGGCUCCAGCAGUUUAUUACGUAUACGGUACGGUGCCGCGUGCUGCCGCCGCUAUCCGCCGUGUGCCGUGUGCCGUUUGACGCUUGCCGCCCGUUAACCGUUGGCAUUGCAAAUACGAAAUCAAAAUGUAAAUGAUAAUGAUUGCAAUACCCGAAACAAGAACAAGAACAAGAACAAGAACUGGUCGAAAUCAAUGUGUCGAUAAGGCGGCAAAAAACAGUCUGAUCGAAAAGUGUGUGGCCCUCAAAAGCAUUGACAGAAAGUGUGCGACAAAGCAAACGGAAAUUAAAGUGCAAUACAAAUAUUAGCACUGCAAUAAAACAAUAAAAUAAUCAACUUUGAGCGUAUUAAUUGCAAUCUUGUGAUAGAGAUUAUUUAAGCGGAACACGGGAGGGAGCACCGGAAAAAACAACAACACAAAAAACAGGGAAGCACAACAGAAAUCUGCAGUUAAAGCGAAUGAGAGAGCUUGGACAAACAUCAACAGGAGCCCGGAAGCACGGAAGCACGAAGGACCAACCAAAUCAUAAGUAAACAGAGCGAGAGGGAGCGAGCGGACAGGGUGGACAGCGGAUAGGGGAGGCGGCAGGACGAAGGAUAAACGUGGUCUCGUUGCCAUGAGUGCAGCCUCGGGUGUUGUCAAGGAGUAGCAGGUGAUAGGAGCUGCAGCAGAGAGGCACAACCACAAUAGACCUCCGCACCCGCACCCGCAGCCGCAGCCGCAGUCGCAGUCGCACUUGCAAUCAAAUUCAAAGAUGCAAAUUACAAUUUCCAUAGACAAACACGACAGAGCAACAGCAGCAGCAACAGUCACAUAAAUUGCUCCCAACAAAUGGUUUAAAUUUGUUUGAUUAUAACCGAGAAAGUGAGAAACUGAGAAGAACACACAUAUCAUAUAACCGCAGGGAGAGCACGGUGGCCGUGUCGUCUGACUCUGACAAAAUGAUUAAGGGUAUUCUGAUCCAGCGCAAGAGCCAGGAGGAUGCCAGCUACGCGAAGCAGCUCAAGAUGGAGCACGCCGAUCUGGUGGCCGAGAUGCAGACGGUGGAGAGUCUGCCCACCCACGAGCGCCUGCAGCUGGCCAGACUACGGCGGGCCCAGCAGCUGAAGCUGUCGCGGCAGAAGGACAAGGAGUGGGCCAAGCUGCAGCGAGCCAAGGGCAAUACAGGAAGCGCUGCCGUGGCAGCGAGCGGCGCCAGCCACGGGCACAGUCUGAUGAACGGCAAUGGGGACACAACGCAUCAUUUUCGGCAUGCCAACGGCUCGGGGACGGUGAGCGGCAGGCGGCACAUAUCCUUCGAGAACAGCGUGGUGCUGCUGGAGGCGGCCUCGCGCAACGAUAUGCCAGAGGUGGCGGCCCUGCUGCAGCACGGCAUCACGCCGGAUGCGGCCAACGAGGACGGACUGACGGCCAUGCACCAGGCGUGCAUCGACAACAACGUGCAGAUGCUGCAGCUGCUGCUCGAGUACGGGGCGGAUGUGGAUGCCCAGGACAGUGAUAAAUGGACGCCGCUGCAUGCGGCUGCCACCUGCGGCCAUCUCGAGCUGGUGCGCAUCCUCAUCCGGCACGGUGCUAACCUGCUGGCCGUCAACACGGACGGCAACAUGCCCUACGACCUGUGCGACGACGAGAACUCGCUGGACUUUAUCGAGGGCGAGAUGGCCCAGCGCGGCGUCACCCAGGAGCUGAUCGACGAGACGCGCUCCUCCACGGAACGCAUCAUGCUGCGGGAUCUCAUGGAGCUGGCCCGCACUGGCGGGGAUCUCGAGGAGCCGGACUAUCAGUGUGCCACCCCACUGCACAUAGCCGCCGCCAAUGGCUAUGUGCGUGUGGUGGAGUUCCUGCUGGAGCAGCACGUCAAUGUGGAUGCCAUGGACAAGGAUCUGUGGACGCCAGUGCAUGCGGCCGCCUGCUGGGGUCAUCUUGAGGUCCUUGAGAUGCUCGCCCAAUGCGGUGCCGAUUUGAAUGUCCGCAACAAAGACGAUGAGACGCCCUCAGAUAUCUGUGAGGAUCCCGAGAUCAGGGAGCGCAUUGAGCAGCUGAAAACGGAGCAGGAGAGCAAACGACUGGCCGAGGCGCAACGAAGGCGCGUUCGCCGCUCCCAGAGCAACAAUACCAGGGCGCAAUCGGUGCGCCGGACCAGUUUGCGGGACAAAACGCUGACAACCAAAAAGGAUGCCGUCGAGGAGACUCGCCUACGGCUGCAGGCCCAGGAGGCGACCGCCACAGAGGGGGCCCCUGCCUCCCUGGAUCCACUUGCCAAUGGCUAUGGCUACGGCAGCAGCAGCGGCGGCGGCGGCAGCAGCCACCACAACGGUGAGAAGCGCCCCUCGACGGCCAGCCAGAAUGGCCACGGCACUGGCCAGCUACUGCCACACUCCAAGUCCGCCGAUGCGCUGGACAACGCCACUCCGAUCACUUCAUCCACAUCCACAACAACCGCAACACAUUCCUUCCAGUCGCGUCGUCCGCCCGAUGGCCGCGAAAACGACGAGCUGCUCCGCCUGAAAGGAGCCCAGGACGGUGCCGUGGGCGAGAUGCAGCGCGCCACCUCAGCGGCGGCCGUCAUCCUCACCGACAAGGGUACGGCGGCCAGUGCCGAGGCCGUGCAGUUUCAGUCGUCCAAAGAGGCUGCCAACGGCAAGAUCAAUGUCCAGGUCACCGUUCUAGUGGACACGAACAGCACGCAUCAUCAGCAGCAGCUCCAACAACACGCGAUGCUGCUGCAGCAACAUCAACAUCAACAGCAGCAUGCUGGCAGCAUGGAUGGCUUCAGUGCUGCGACCUUGUCGAACUUGAAGAAGCAGCGCUCCCUCUCACGCACCGCGAAUGUCCUUAACAAUUUCGAACUCUCAUCAAACUCCACUACGACUACGACAACAUCCACAGCAUCGAAUCCCAUUGUAGCGGCAGUAGCAACAGCAACAGCAACAACAUCUAAUGGUUCUGUUUUAGGAGCCAACAACAACAAUAACAACAGCACCAGCAACAACAACAACAACGGUGGAGGCGGAGUAGUAGCAGGAGGAGGAGGAGGAGGUGGAGGAGGAGGUGGAGGGUCAGCGUCAGCAGGAGGAGCAACCGCACCGAUCUCCACCCAACCACUGGGACUGGGCCCCAUGGGUGGUGGCGGUCCCGGCAGCCUGCUGGACUUUGAGGCCGCAUCGCCGGCAACGAGCAAUUCGGUGAACAAGUUUAGCGGCAUCACAGGCGACGUGGUCAGCGAUAGCACCAGUUCCAGCCGCAAGUGCUGCGUCCUCAUGUAGGAUCAGCACUCGACUCGAUCACCACGGUCCACGCUCCAGCUGAAUAACAGGGUAUUAACCAAGAGAAGCAGGCAUUAUCGUGAAUAAUGCCAUUGCAAAGAUUUGUCAGAUAGAUAGAUUCGAUAUAGAAACCAUUUUUUACAUGGGAUUGUGUAAGCAAGCAAAAGAAAAGUGUCUUUUUUUUUUUUUUUAGAAAUUUAGUGAGAAAAUUCGUUGAGAAUUGUUAAUUGUAUAAACCAGAAAACUUGAUCCAACAAAGAGUUCAAUUCUGUGAGCUCCCCCAUUAACGGCUCAAAGUCGUUGCAUUUUCCUAUAACGAAUGCUACACUACACUACACAACACAACAAAUUAUAAGAUACAAAUUGACAUAUAUACACACACAGCUCUCUGUAUAUAUGAGCAUUGAAAUACAUAGAGAGAGAGAGAGAGAAUACAUUUUAAAGAUUAUCCAACAAAAUAAAUGUGAGCAGUUUACCUUAGUCUAUACAUAUUGUAUGUAAAAUGAGAAUCAAAAUCAAAAAUCAAAAACAAACAAAAAAAGAACAGCAAAACUAUUUAUAUAAAAUGGUUAGGAACUCUUGUUUAUUGAUGAUUGUUCACUAGAUUUGUUUGCUUGAGAUUGCGAGAGUGUGUGAGAACAAGACAAGCUAAGUAUUAUGCUAAAAGUAUGAAAUAUAUUUAAUUAAAUAUACGAUAGCAAAAUUGUAGUUAAAACGAUCAAGUAAAGCAAAGCAAUGAAACGAACGAAAAGAAAUGAAAUGAGAUGCAAAACCACUUAAGCAAUUUCCAACCCAAUAAAUAAAUGUGUACACGUUUAAAUUGAAUUGAUUAUAGCCAGGCAGCAUUAGGAUUUUGCUUUGUCUCCUCUAAAUGUACCCUUUUAUUGCAAUUGCAACUUUGUUCAGCAAGCAUGUGAAUUGAGUUUUGUUGAGAGGUACAAAGAACAUUUGUAUUAUUUAUGUAUAUAGUAUAUAGAAUUCCAGGAGAAGAUAAACAAAGAGAUAAACAAAAACAAAAACAAAUACAGAAAUACAACGCGCAAUUAGCAAAUGAGACUUUGUUCGAUUUAAUUGUCAAGGCAUUAGCAGAAUGUUUUGUAAAAUAAACAAAUGAGAGAAAAUAAAUUCCUUCACAAAA